ACACACACGCAGCGAGAAGAACAAGAAGAAGAGCCAGCAACAGCAAUGUUUGAGGGAGUGAAAAAUUAAACAAAAGUCCACGCAAUUGAGCAGUUAAAAAACGGCGGCGGUUAAUAAACAAUACAUCAAGAUUUCGGGCCAACGCGGACUGCUCCAGAAGCUCACAAUGGAUCGAGUGACCAAACCGCAGAAGAAAAUGCUCAUUACAUUGCUGCGGGAAACCAAGUACAUGGAGGGCAAGAAGGAGAAGGAGUGGUACUGGGAGAAAAUCCAGGCGGCCCUGAACACCAUCGGUCCCAAGAAGACCAUAAUCCAGUGGAAGAAGUGCUGGCGCGAUAUGCGAUUGACCACCAGAAAGAAGUUGGCGGAACUGAAGCGCUGCCAACUCUCUGGAGGAUCUCCGCCCCCGGGCAUCGAACUGAACCAGGAGGACAACGACAUCAUCGACAUUGUGGGCACCGAGUACUUCUACGAGGAGAUGAACGGCGAACUCAAGGCGGAGAACUUUCUGACCGGCCUGGACUACGCUCCGGAGCACUUGUGCGAUGCCAUUCUCACGGCGGCAGUGGGACACCACCAGCACAACAUGCAGCACCAGAAGGAUCCGCAGGCCCAUCCAGGACAACAGCCGCAGCAGGAUCACCACACCAAUGAUGGCGAAACCAACGAUGCACCUGGAUCAAGCAACGGGGGCUCAUAUCAGGGCCACCCUGUGCCCCAGCUGCAGGCGCUCAAUGGCGGAGGCGUAGAGCAUGCCGGCGGUGUCCAUUCGCACUCCGGGAUGCUCCAGCAUCCUGCUUUUCAUGGCGGCUUACACCCGCACCUGUUGAGGCGCCAGCAUGUCAGUGGAUCACUGUCCAGGGAGUCGCCCUUUGAGGAGAAGCUUCUGCAAUUCAUGCAGGACGCCUUUCCAAAAAAGAGCAAGAAGCGCAAGAACCGGGAUCCGGACAAGUUAUUUCUGCUCUCCCUUUACGAAGAGAUCAAGCGGGUUCCUGAGGAAAUACGCCUAGACGUUAAGUCCGAACUAAUGCAGAUACUGAAAAAGUACCAGAAGAAGCCGCCCGUCAAGGCGGAGAAGUCCACGCCCUCCUCCACGUCAACCUCCUCGAAAUUGAGCUCCAGCAGUAGUGGCAGCAACUCGGUGACUUCCCAUUUGUCCCACAGCAUGUACCAGUUGCAGAAGAAGUACGAGAAGGGCGAACGGGAGCCUUCCCCUCAGUCGCAGGUGGAGCGAGUGGUCUCCGCAGGGGUAGUCGCUGUGCCCCUUCACGCCUCCCAGCAGCUGCCCCUGUUCCAGUUGCAGAAGAAGUACGAGGAGAGCGCCGUGGAUAAGGUUCACCAGCAGCAACAGCAGCAGCAGAGCGAGCAACGCAAGCACGCGGAGGCCGCUCAGGCCCACCAUGCUGCCCACCAGCAACCGCCACCGCCACCACCCAACGAGCACCUGCACCACCCACAGAUGAGUCACAACAUCAUGUUUCCGCUGGGCCAGCUGCGCAACGAGCAGCCGCCCGCUCAGCAGCACCAGCAUGCCCACAAUCCCCACCAGCAACAGCAGCAGCAGCAACAGCAUCCCCACCAGCAGCAGCAACAGGGACAGCAGCACCAUCCGCCCACGAUCUUUGGUUCGACCGCCAGCGAACGGCCUGCGAUGUCCUACGAGAACGUUGGAUGAGUACUGAGCCGUCUGUGGGAAGCCACUUGUGGAGCACCACGCCCUGCGACGGUGUCCCCCACGACGGCAGACGCGCACCACUGCUAGCCCUCGAUUUAGAAUGCAACUAGUAGGUCUCACUCUUAUGCUAGCCUAUACCUAAGUAUACAAAUGCUCACUUACUACAAGGAUGUUCAUAGUUCAGAAAUGCUGAGAUAAUGCUCACUUUCUGAGCAUUUCAAGCAAGAUCUGUAUGAUUUAUGUAUGUAUUUUUUUAGUAAGUGCACGACGUGAUCUUCAUGUAAAUGUUCCCGUGGCAAUAACAGCGCAGCUAAACUGCGGUUCAUGUUCUCAAUAGAUCGCGACGCGUGAAUUUAUCGGUGUAAACACAAAUAUAAUUGUAUCUUCAA